UAACGGCGGUGUUCAUUAUACUGUAGCGUACUACGCAUGUUGUAUUGUAGCUGGAAAUAUAUGGGAAUUAGAUGAGGGUAGAAUAUAGAAAGUUAACGAGCCUUUUCUAUUUAUAACCCGAAAGCCUAUCCCUAUUAAUAUCCCCGAGGAUAGCAUCUUACGUGAAGAGCGCUAUUUCUUCAACAAUCCUAAAUAUUCAAACUUUCGCUAUCCGAUUAUUUCCUCUUUCGAUCAUUGGAUCUUUCCUCCGAAGUUGCCACCACCUUGGGAAUCUCUGAAGCCGUCAAACUCGAGCGCAAGUGAAACUAUGCCAAGGCCCCCGGUUCACCAUGAAUCUUGCCGAAUAACUGGCCACGCGAGCGGGCUUGAUAUGGCUCGUUUGAUUCCCAAGGUCUGUGAUUCCUGGUUCAGUUCGAAUUACAUGCGUGAAUAUGCAUCGAAUACUAUACAUAAUAAUGCUCUAGACGAUGCCCCUAACCGCCUGCCCCUCCGUACGGAUAUCCAUCGUUUCCUGGAUAGAAGCUACCUCACUAUUGUCCCGAAGCCAAAUUCAAAGGACAGCCCGAGUGCUACCCGUUCCUAUACCUUGACCACACAUAUACUUCGACCGACUAACAGGUCGAUUUACGCUAACGUUGAAAUGAUAUCGCUCUACCAUAAUCUCAAAGUUCAUCCACUCAAUGGAAACCCUAUAGAAUAUGCUUUCGCUCGGUUUGCCUGGAAUCUUUUCGUCGAUACUAUACUCCUACUUUUCCAAAACAAAAAUAUGACGACGAGAACGAUGUUCUACAUUUCAGUCUCCGAGAGAUCAGAGGAAACUAUGGAGCGUCAGUUAGAACACAAGGAGUUCAAAGGCAACCCGCCAUUACCGAGAGCCUGGAAGAAGGAAAAGCCUCAUAGUAGAAAACGUUCCUGGUCCGAGAUGGCACGAGAUGAUGUCGAUAGUACCGGUGAUACUGAGUCUGUAGAUUCAUACGGUUCCACUGCCUACGACGCAUAUUUUGAAGAUAUAUAUAGAGAGUGCUACGAUAACGGCAGCGAAUAUCUAUACAGUGAAUACGACGAUAACGGCAGUGAUACGUACUCUCCGAGAAACCGCUCCCGGUCUUCUAGUCCCGACAGUAGCGAAUAGCUCUGGUAGAAUGGGCCUAAUGAAGAACGCAUAAGGUAGCUUUCAUGGCGCUACCUUAGGUAGGUAAACGCCUUGGGUUUCACCAAGGACUAUGACAUCACGGUCUCAUAAGAGGUAUUUUCAAAGUAACUGUUCGAAAGGGUUUUCUUUGUCUUAUAGGGUUAUUAAGCGUAUAUUUCUGACGGUCCUCGGGGUAUUUUCAAAGUAGCGAUUCCAAAGGUCUUACUUUUUUUUAUAAGGUUAUUAAGCGUGUAUUUCGGACGGCCCUUGUUUUACGAGAGUCAAAUUAUUAGGUACCAAUGUAUUUCUAACAGGUUUUAUUUUAUUAUCUUGAAGCAAUAAAAAAAAAGUACAGCUUUACAAGUAA